AUGGGAUAAUAGCAAUCUUAAUAAUACAAUUUCUUUUGGCCAUAAAAGGGAGAAGUGUAAUUAUGGACCCACUCUUAAAUUAAAACUAUAUCUGAAGGAGAUUCGAAGUUCUCUGAACAAAAUAAUGAAUCUGUAAUUAUUUGCCCUGUGGAAUACUCUUUAAGUUGGAUUACUAAAUCAAAUCAAAUUCAAUUUACAUCAAUAAAAAUGUCGAAUGGAGCUAAGGUGAAAUUUGUUGUCGAUCAAACGAAUGAAACGGAAUAUGCUUAACUAGAAAACCUUGAAAAAUAAGCAUUCGAUGAAUUACAACCUUAAACAAUGUGGAAAUGUUGGGUUGAAAUUUGGCUUGGUCAAACUAAGAAAAAUGAUAUUGUGCUUGAUAAAUAAGAAAGUUUAGAAAAUGUUUAAUCAGAGAGUGGUUUAGGAUCUAUUAACAAUCCAAUUGUCAAGGUUUAUAGAGAAAGAAGAGGUCAGAUUUAACUUCUAACAAGACAUUUAUGUUAUACAAAUUAGAAUGAAAAUUAGAAGUCUAGCAAAUACUAGAUAAAUAUGUAAUUGUGCAAGUCUUAAUUUUGGAUGUUCAAUUGGGAACUUAAAUAGAAAGUAGUUCCAGAUGCAUAUUUUUUGGAAUUGCAAAAUAAAUUAUCAACAGAAUCUCUUUCUUUUUAUCAAUAUACACUAAAUUGA